AUGGCCAGAUUUACGCAAAGUGAAAGCAGAAGGGAUCAGCAGCAGCAUCAUCCCCAGCCGACUCAUCCCGCCCCCGUCAACCUGCUUCUACAGCAGCCGCUCCUACUUAUCCCUCAUCAGAAUCAGCUCGCGCACAUCCCGGUUCCGAAACCCAUGAACGGACCAGAAACUGUCUGCAUGCACACGGACUGCGGCGCCAUGAAAGACCAGGACGCCAUCAAGCUCUUCAUCGGACAGAUUCCGCGGAACCUCGAGGAAAAAGACCUGAAACCUCUCUUUGAACAGUUUGGGAAAAUCCACGAACUGUCGGUUCUGAAGGACCGAUACACAGGCAUGCAUAAAGGUUGUGCGUUUCUCACCUACUGUGCCCGGGAUUCUGCCAUCAAAGCCCAGAAUGCAUUGCAUGAGCAGAAAACCCUACCUGGGAUGACUCGUCCCAUCCAAGUGAAACCAGCUGACAGUGAGUGUCGUGGAGAGGACAGGAAGCUGUUUGUGGGGAUGCUGAACAAGCAGCAGACAGAGGAGGAUGUGUACCGCCUAUUUGAGCCCUACGGCGCCAUCGAUGAGUGUACCGUACUAAGAGGUCCUGACGGAAACAGCAAAGGUUGUGCAUUUGUGAAGUUCUCUACUCAUUCAGAAGCGCAGUCUGCCAUCAGUUCCCUUCAUGGGAGUCAGACCAUGCCGGGAGCGUCGUCCAGCCUCGUCGUGAAGUUUGCAGACACAGAUAAGGAGAGGACCAUACGGCGCAUGCAGCAGAUGGCUGGACAGUUUGGCAUCUUCAACCCCUCUGUCGCCCUACCUACGUUCAGCAGCUACAGUAGCUAUGCACACGCCUUGAUGCAGCAGCAGCAGCAGGCAGCGGUGAUGGCCAUGUCUCAGGGGGGCUACCUGGCCCCCAGCCUCUCCUUCCCCUCUGCCCAGAUCCACCAGGUGGGGGCGCUAGCAAUGAACGGUCUGCCGCCCAACCCCCUCAAUCUCGUGUCAGUGAAUUUGUAUUUCCCCCCUGCAGGUCUGAGCUCUCCUCCAGCCGCCCUGCCCUCCUCCCUGACCAGCCUGGUGGCCCCAAUGAUGAACGGGUACACCGGCCUCACCCACCAGGCUAACGGGCACCCUCUAGAGACCCUCUACACCAAUGGCCUGCCGACCUACUCCACCCAGAGCCCUACUGCUGCUGACACACUGCAACAGGCCUUUACUGGGGUACAGCAAUACACAGCCAUCUACCCAGCAACUACACUGACCCCUCUAGGUCAGUCACUUUCACAGCACCCUCAGGUCAUUGGCCAACAGCAGAGGGAAGGUGAGGGACCAGAGGGCUGUAAUCUGUUCAUCUACCACCUGCCCCAGGAGUUUGGCGAUAACGAACUGAUGCAGAUGUUCCUGCCCUUCGGCAAUGUUAUCUCCUCCAAGGUAUUCAUGGACAGAGCGACCAAUCAGAGCAAGUGUUUCGGCUUUGUGAGCUUUGAUAACCCGGGUAGUGCCCAGGCUGCCAUCCAAGCCAUGAAUGGUUUCCAGAUUGGUAUGAAGAGACUCAAGGUGCAACUCAAACGUCCCAAAGACGCCAGCCGCCCCUACUGACACCCCCCAGUACAGGUAAGAUACUGUCCACUGUUAUACAUAAUGUAAUGAAGUUAUUAGUGUUGUUAUCGAUGCUGUUUCACCGUGAUUUUAUAUUGAUCAAAAACUGUAUAGCAAAGUUCUACUCCACAGUAGUCUCUCGAGUCAGAUUCAAGUGUUUCUACUUCCCUCUCUUCCCUUCCCCUCCCUUUCUCAGUAUCUGUAUUUCU